UUCGCCCGUAGUUAUAAAGGUGAUCUCUCUUUUUUUUUGCUGUAAAUUGCUUUACAAAAUAUGCAUCAAAAUGCAGUUUGAUGUGUUUCAUGGGCUUGGAAGAUGAUGAAGAAAAUAACCUUUAAAGGGAUAAAACUUUCAGCACAGCGACGCAAUCGUGGUGCGUCCCCGAAACACGAAGUUAUGAGUUGCGAUUCCGAGAUUACUCGUGAAUGUUCCAAUUUGUCAAAUGACUCACAAGGUUUAUCACAACAAAACUAUGCAGAUGAGCACACAACGACAGAAUCUGAUGUCAAUCACAGAAAAAGAGACAAGAUAGGACUUCUAAGAAAUUUAAGACGUAAAUUUACGCAGUCGGUUCAUCGAAAAACGGAUGAAAGUGAAAGCAACCGUGUUGAAGAUUGCCCAAAUGCUUCAUUAAAAUUAGAAACAAAGAAAUGCAAACCUAAAGGGAAACAUCUGGUUGUGUUGUGUGAAAAGACUGUAAGAUCAAGUGCAGGUUCGCGCAGCUGUGACAGUUUGAACUUGAAUGGACAGACAUACACAUCACCGAAGAUAAGUGAAAUGCAUUCCAAUACGGACAGUAACGAUGUGAGGAGAGACAAACCAAGCUGCCGAACAAAAGAUAUAUCAAAAUUUCAUCCCGACUGUUGUGCCAGGAGUGAUUGCAAUAGUGAAGAUUCAGGAGAAGGGAGUUCGCAUCACAGUAUAAUGAUUGACGGUCGACGUCUUUUAUGCCAAGCUAUCCCAACUUAUGAUUCUUGUGAAACAUUUGAUAUGUCUCAGAAAUUUGCUCUCGCAUAUGAUGACUCUGAACCACCAAAAGUGUGGAGCCUUACCCAGGAGCUGUUCCGUCUUUCCAAAUUUGGGUGGUACUGGGGACCGAUCACGCGGAAUGAAGCUGAAGAAAAAUUGGCGCAUCAGUCAGACGGUGCUUUUCUUGUACGCGACAGUUCAGACGAAAGAUAUUUGUUGAGCUUGAGCUUUCGUUCGUACGGCAGGACGCUGCACACUCGUAUCGAACACUGUAAUGGCAUGUUUAGUUUCUAUGCACAACCUGACACGGAGGGCUACCCCUCCAUUGUAGAUCUAAUAGAACAUUCUAUGACUGACUCUCAGACUGGAAUAUUCUGUUACUCACGGUCAAGAUCACCUGGUGCGCCAUCAUUCCCUGUCAGACUUACAAAACCUGUGUCUAGAUUCACUCAAGUUAGAACUUUACAGUACCUGUGUCGUUUUGUGAUUAGGCAGUACACACGUUACGACCACAUCCAGCAACUCCCAUUACCCACCAGUCUCAAGGGAUGGAUAGAAGAAAACCAGUACUGAUUUUAAAGCCUCUUGAUCUUAAGGAUCAGUGAACUGCAAUUAAGUUGUUUAAAAAUCUGCAAUACUCUCCCUCAGUUCACAUUAAUUAGCAGUUAAUUUUUCAUGGAAAUUAUUUGACAGUAUCUUGGCAGGGGUGGUGGGGUGAAUAGGUGAAAAGAUCCUCACCAUAAAAUGGUGGGGAGGGGCAAGGUUUUUGCCAUAAAUAAUUUUUUUGGUAUGGAAAAGGAGUUGGGGGGAGGUUGGGGCUUCCCAAGAAAGAAAAUGGGUUACGGUUAGGGUUAAGAAAAUGCUUUCCAGACGGUUCGUCCACCAUACAAUCAGGGCUUUUAGAAUUUUUAUAUAAUCCACUAGCCAUGGGAUCAGUGAUUUAACA